AGUGAAAACAUUAUGUGCACACAGUAUAGAUGCAAUCAAACAUGAAUGCAUAAACAUGCAGUUCCAGCUUUGUAGAACAUCUAAUUUGUGUCAAGAGUUAAAAGAGUAAAAAUACAUGCAUUCAUAAUAAUUUUGAGUAUUAGUUUCAUAUAAAAAUGUUGUUAUAAAUGUAACAAAAUAGCUGAUUCAAAGGAAUAAUAUAAAGCACAUACUUAUAUCAUUGCUGAGGGCAAAUCACCAAACCUACAAUUUCUUUUUUUUGCACCACUACUAAAUAAAAAUAUGUAAAUAUGUAAAGGACAGAUGAAGGUUAUUAUUGUGACUAAAUCUUUCAACCUUUGUAUCACAAUAGUGGGAACAGAGACAGACUUCCUAGAUCUGACAAACAGAUGAUAACAAUGAAUUUCCAUACAUGAAAUUCAGGUCUCCUGCAUUGUUUUCUGACGUUGGCAGAUGAUUUCUGUUUAAAUGUUAAGAGGAACCUGUUGGUUCUCCAUGAACUACAACAGGAAUUCCUCCUACAGUAAUAGCUUUAAAUAUGCGUACCAGCUUCUGUUGAAGGUUGGUCUCAUCCUCAACUCUGAAACAUCAACAGCAGCAGAUGAUCUUUAAGGAUGGAGGAAGAAAUAAAUGAUUCAACUCUGGUUUUUAACAAAAAUGCAUCACCUUCAAAAGAGGAAAAAGAGGAUGUUACAGUUUAUUCUGGGGUAAAAUUUGCAGAGCCUGUGACUACUGAACCAAAGGAAAACAAGGACCCGACUACUACUUCAGAGAUCAAAGCAAAAGAGCCUGAAGCUACUGUAUCAAGUAAAUUUGAAAUUGAACCAGUUGCAGACUCUCACUCUCGCACUCAUCUCUUGCCGAUGUGUUUGGGGAUACUUUGCAUCAUCCUGUUGGCGAGCAUCAUCAUCCUCAUCGUCUACAUCACCACAGUAAUGAACAAACUGGAAGCAAACCUCAGCAACCUUAAAGGACAAAAUGAGCAACUGAUUGUGGAAAAGAGAGUCUUAGAGAAUCAGACUGAGCAGCUAAAGAUGGAAAAGAAAGUCUUAGAGAAUCAGACUGAGCAGGUCACAGUGAAGAUGAAAAUGUUUGAGAACCAGACUGAGCAGCUAAUGUUGGAAAAGAGAAUAUUGUUGAAUCAGACUGAGCAGCUAAUGUUGGAAAAGAGAAUAUUGUUGAAUCAGACUGAGCAGCUAAUGUUGGAAAAGAGAGUCUUAGAGAAUCAAACUGAGCAGCUAACGAUGGAAAAGAAAGUCUUAGAGAAUCAGACUGAGCAGGUCACAGUGAAGAUGAAAAUGUUUGAGAACCAGACUGAGCAGCUAAUGUUGGAAAAGAGAAUAUUGUUGAAUCAGACUGAGCAGCUAAUGUUGGAAAAGAGAAUAUUGUUGAAUCAGACUCAGCAGCUAAUGUUGGAAAAGAGAGUCUUAGAGAAUCAAACUGAGCAGGUCACAGUGAAGAUGAAAAUGUUUGAGAACCAGACUGAGCAGCUAAUGUUGGAAAAGAGAAUAUUGUUGAAUCAGACUGAGCAGCUAAUGUUGGAAAAGAGAAUAUUGUUGAAUCAGACUGAGCAGCUAAUGUUGGAAAAGAGAAUAUUGUUGAAUCAGACUGAGCAGCUAACGAUGGAAAAGAAAGUCUUAGAGAAUCAGACUGAGCAGGUCACAGUGAAGAUGAAAAUGUUUGAGAAUCAGACUGAGCAGCUAAUGUUGGAAAAGAGAAUAUUGUUGAAUCAGACUGAGCAGCUAACGAUGGAAAAGAAAGUCUUAGAGAAUCAGACUGAGCAGCUAACGAUGGAAAAGAAAGUCUUAGAGAAUCAGACUGAGCAGGUCACAGUGAAGAUGAAAAUGUUUGAGAAUCAGACUGAGCAGCUAAUGUUGGAAAAGAGAAUAUUGUUGAAUCAGACUGAGCAGCUAACGAUGGAAAAGAAAGUCUUAGAGAAUCAGACUGAGCAGGUCACAGUGAAGAUGAAAAUGUUUGAGAAUCAGACUGAGCAGCUAAUGUUGGAAAAGAGAGUAUUGUUGAAUCAGACUGAGCAGCUAAUGUUGGAAAAGAGAAUAUUGUUGAAUCAGACUGAGCAGCUAACGAUGGAAAAGAAAGUCUUAGAGAAUCAGACUGAGCAGGUCACAGUGAAGAUGAAAAUGUUUGAGAACCAGACUGAGCAGCUAAUGAUGGAAAAGAGAAGAUUGGAGAAUCAGACCGAGCAACUGAGCAGAGACCGAGACGACCUCAACUGGACACUGGGAGUCAUCCUGACAUUCAACAGCUUUCCAGUAAACGAAUUUUGCCCCAACAAAAAGUGUCAGUCGUGUCGCACCGGCUGGAUUCAGUACCAGAAAAAGUGCUACCUGUUUUAUGAAGACAGUCCUUGGAUGACAUGGAAUGACAGUCGACAGUACUGCAAAGAUAAAAACGCAGAUCUGGUUGUUAUUGAUGACCUGCAGGAACAGAAAUUCAUCAGUCAAAACACGAAGUACUACUAUGACGAGUAUCACGGAUACUGGAUGGGGCUGCAGAAUAAUGGCACCACAUGGGUCUGGAUUGAUGGACACAAGGACACACUUCAGUACUGGAAGAAUUUGUUCAGUUCAACACUUUAUGCACUGACGAUGCCUGGAAACAAUCCCCAACAGAGCUGGAACUCAGGAAAUAAUUAUUUUCUGAACAAAUUCAUCUGUGAGGAUGACAAAGUCCUGAUAAGGUCCAAUUAGCUAACACUGUGUUUGUAUUCUUCUUCUUUAUAUUACACAUAAAUGUAACUUUAUGAAUCAUCAGUUUUAGACAGUAAAAAACUUUAAAACAAAUAUGUAAGGAUGCUUUUUAGAAAACCCAUUUUAUAUAUUCUAUAGAAGUAGGCUACAAGUCCAUUUACUAUUUACAUGAAGACAAAACAGAGUAAAAUAAUGUGACGACUCAGCUGUUUCCAUUUAGAAUCCGUCAAUAAACACCUUACAUGGCUGAUCUGUGUCUUUAUAAAGAUGAUAUAAUGUCUAAAAUAUUCCCAGAGAUGAAGAAAAUUCCUGGAGAAGAACUGGCUCCAUGUUCCUCUUGUGGAUGUCCACCACAGUUGUUGUUUUUAGUCCAUCUCAAGAUUUAUUUUAAUGUAGACAACUACUUCUUAUGCUGAACUAUAAUCAUUAAUAAUGCAGUAAAUUCAUAUUUCUUAUAAAAGCUUUUUAAUAGAGGCCUUUAGAUUUGCUUUGCUUGGUAAUUAAAAACCAGCUUCUGUUCUCUUAGUGUAAAAUUAGUUGAUUUUCAACAUUUAAGAAACGUUUUCUGAGGGUCAAAUUCCUCGCAGGACAAAGAGAAGACAAGGAUCACAUGUUUUCAGUUUCCUUUUGAGCAAAUAAAACACUAAAUAUCCUGAAAUUGAUUUUAUCAGCUUUGUAUUAAAUAGAUUGAAGUUCCAGAUCAGUUCAUUAGAUUAAAACUACUUUAAGGACUGCAGGACUUCUGUAAUUCAGUCCAACGGGGACAAAGUUUGAAUUCUUUUAUACACUAUAAGAAAUCUGUAGAUCUAUUCAUGAGGUAAUCUGAUUUUAUUCUACAUUAAGACCCUGAAGGAAUCAGGAGAUUCUCUGUUAAUGAUCUGUG